UCCAGCUGGGGCCACCCAGGGCCUGUCUGGCCUGUCCACACAAGCCAUAUGUGCACGUUGGGGCACCGGGUUCCAGUGCCAGAGCACCCCUUCCAUGUCCUCACGGGCUGACUGCAUCUGCCAAGUCCCCCAGAGGGGGCGUGGGACGGUGUGGUAGCUGGACUAGUGCAGGCAGGCUGUUCAUGGCAGACGGUUUCUGUGAUGUCCUGGCAGGGUCCGGCAGCAGGCACACGGGGGUACGACGAAGGACAGUGGGAUUGCAGGGCAGGAUAGGUGAUGCAACCACCAGACCAAGGUUGGGUGCUCUGGAACUGGGAACGGGAGCUCCCAGGAUAUUCCCCUUCCCAUGGCAAUACUUAAUGCCAACCCAACUCUCCCUUGUGAAUUUUUUUGCUACACUGAGGCUUCCAACUUUGCAUGGACCCAAUAACCAGCCUGGGGAUUUCAGGCUUGGGGGCUGCCUCUCAUUUUAGAUUUAACAAUGUGUUGAAGCUGGGCCGCACCCAGAGCCUCACGGCUGAAGCUCCCUGAAUUUCAGGAGGAUCUGACUCUCAGGAUCAGAGCCUCUCCUCCAGGCCGUGAUACCUUUAGUUUCGGAUCAGAACCAGGAGGGGCUUGUUACCCACUGAGAUCUCGGUUCCUGAACAGCCAUUCUUGGGAGAUUUGGACGGAAGGAGAAAUCUCAUGAGAACAGACGAUCUUGCAAGGUUUCCACCAGUGAGUACCAGAAUGGCUUGUGAGACAGACGCACCAUGGACCCUGAAUCCCAGUCUGGAUUCAGCCUGCAACUCCCAUGCCUGCUUGAAUGCAGAGCACAUGCCCUCUUCUUAGCCCCGCUCUGUGUAAAUACCAGGCUGAUCUGACUCCAUAUUCAUUUCCAAACACAGCACCCCUGUGCUUGCUCUGUUAAGAACUUGCUGACGGACCAGAGUGAACCCCUCCCCGCGACACACACACUUUCUGAUUCUGCUGCGUUAGGUGGGUCAGAGUUCAAAUGCCGUCUUAUGCUCUGGGCCCCAUCUUUUCCCUCCCUUCCUUCCUUCCAAGCAGGGGCCAUUACUCCAGCAUCGAGCUGGCUCCAGGACAAAGUGCCACGGCUCCAGAAUUCAGUGUUGUCAUGCCUACUUGGGCCCAGUAUCAUUAGACCCCUGGCUUAUAGUUGGAAUCCUAGUAUAGGCAGCCCCAAGCAUUCAAAGAGCAAGUGUCCGGCCCCCAGAAAUCAGCAGAGUGGCUUAAAAAUGACAAGAUUUUGAAAAAUAAUAUAUUUGGGGUCCUUGGCCUUGUGCUGUGAGUCCUUAGGGAGCACCUGGGUCAUGUUCUUGAGUGUUUCUAGGCAACCACGUGGGCUAGGAACUUGUUCUUUUAAGUGGAAGCUGCAAUUGGCACCUAAUAACGUGAUGCCCCCAGGACUUCAAGAAAAGUGCCAACUCGAGCCAGAUUCGUGAUAGAACAGUGAGAAUUAGCGAUGCCGGAAUCCAGCUGCUGGGCUGUGCCAGGAACGGCUGCGGGGGAUUCUCCCGUGGCUUGGUGCAAAGCAGCAGCCAGGAAGAGGGAGCCCUCUUGCUGAGCUGCAACUCUGCCUUGCAGGUGAGAAACGGCCUCCAUCCCCCAAAACACCUUUGCCUGGGAGAUCACAGGCGCUCAGCCCGCUCUGCCCCACAGGACAUUUGAGAGAGAGUGCGUAUACGAUACAGCCCUGGAGCCCCAGGAACUCAGCAAGGAGGGAGCUCGGUUUACUCCAGCCAUUCAGCGUUUGUCUAGGAAAAGGGGAAAUCAGGCCAGAUCUGAAGACAGGAAUGCUGUGGCUGCUGCUUUUCUUCCUUAUUGGCUCCCUCUGGUGGCAAAUCAUACGGGUUUCAGCCGUUCCCUUCUAGGAGACUUCAUUGGCAGGACAAGCUAGAUGCGGGUUGCCAGAGUGUCAUUCGCGAGGCAGAUCCUUCAGGUGGCUAUUGAGCGGUUGGCACCUACCUCCAGGGUGGAGCUGCGCACUGUGCUGGGGUUUGAUCAGGUUUUGUUGGACUCCACGUCUAUGCUGUCGAACUAAACUUCCUAACCACACUAGCUGCAGCAGGAGAGGCGCCGCUUUGGGAAGCGGAGUUAGGAGGAGCAGGAGAUCCGCUGCAAGGAUUGUGGCUUCCCAUCCACACUGGGAAGAUGCUAUUGUAGUUGCAUUCAGCUAAAACCCUUGGCCCAGAUGAUGCGACCCCUUGGGCCAAUCGGUGCCUGAAUCCUGGGCUGCCGAGCGAGGAUACGUUGCUGCAAGCUCAAGACAUGCCAACCAACUGCUUGUUGUGAUGCUCUGUGCUUGGGAGAGACAGGAGGACAGGAGUUGCUGGGCCUGGCAUCAUGCUCAGUCCGUCAGACCUGGCUCUAAAUGGACAACCUACCUAAUUCUCAAGUACUGAGGGACACUCUCCACUCAUUGAUAUAUUUUGCUUUCCACAACCAAAUCUCUGUACAACUUCUCAGGAGUGAUGUACCCGAGUAUUCGGAUUCUAAUAUCUAAACUGUAUUGUUAAAUCUGCUCACCUAAAUGUGGGUUAUUGCUGAUUAUGUAUGAUGUGACUUUUAAAAACUAACGUAUAUUUGUGGAUAAUCUGAGCACUCUACCCAGAUGUCCAGACACUCUUUUCCCAACCAUGUAUUCUAUAAGUUUUUUAACAUUAGCUUUAAUAAUAUUUUUAAGCCUGGCACUAUUACUUUCCUUGCUUGCGUGAUCCCCUGCCUGAGACGGGGACAUUAGAUGGCAUGCCCCCUGCAUUCUCCCUAGGGUGCACUACUUACCCAUGCUCUCUUCCCGCAGAUCUCCGUCUGAAGUGGAUUUCUGAAGUGGCUCCAGACCGUGGUGAAAGGAUGACUGGGCCCCAUCUGCCCCCCUUCCCUGCUGCCCUCGGACUGGCAUUGCUUGGUGUCCUGGUCUUCCUCUCAGCCCUGUGUGCUGCCUGCAGAAGGUACAUGGCUGCGCCUCCCUCUGACAGCGUAAACUGAAAGCUAGGAAGAAGGUGGUCCCACCGGAGGGGGUGAAGCUGGUAGAUGUGUCGUUGCUGAGGCAGAUGCAGCUCCGAUCGCUCAGUAAAUCUGACACCAAACUGCAUGAGCUCAACAGGGUGAAGUGCAUGGAUGAGCACCAAAGACCAGCCAGCGUGGAUUUCCUUUACCCAUCAGGGUCUUUGGGGGAUGGAGAAGGAGCCGUGCAUAGCUCGAGCUUCAGCAUCCUGCUGCACCGAGAGCUGCCCCAGAUCCCCCAUUCCAACCCUUCGGCUGAUGCCCUGAGUCCUGACCAGACCUACUCAAACCUGUCCUUCUUAGCCCCACUAAAACCAGCCCCGGAGGCGCUGUACGAGUGUGCGGCCAUGACUCAGGAAAGGCCUCAGCCAAUACCCGUCUUGGGAACCCCGAUGGAGGCUUCCCCUCUAAGCGAGGAGGACAAGGCAGUGACGGCUGAGUACGCCUGUGUCCGCAAGGUGAAGAAGAAUUUCCAGCCGGAGCUCCAGGAUGAGACACAGGGCGAAUCCUCCAUGGGGCCCGCAGACCCAGAAGCCUGGGAAGGAGCUGCCUGUAACCCCGCAGCGGUGAAGGUAGAAGAAAUGUACUCGACUGUGUGCAAAGCUGGCAAGAAGAAGAAACACCCAGGCUCUGCUCCGUCCCCCUCUGAAGGAAUGGACACUGGGGAGACCGGCCAAGGAGAACAGGGGCGGCCAGCUGCCCAUCUCAGAGAUGUCAGGGCGGGGUAUAAGUCCACACCAGGCCGAGUCUCACUCACUGAGCCCUGCUAUGAGUCUAUCAGUGAUGGAUCCUGGACUGAGCAUGGCAGGAACCCAGCCCCAGAACCGUCCUACGAGGCAGUAGAUGUCAACUGGAAAAAGCCCAAGAGAAGGGACAAGUCUACCAGGAACUGCCCUGCCGAGAACUUGUAUGAAAGCAUCAGUGAAAUGUGGGAAGGGGACUCUAGGAACACAGCUACCUUGGCGGCUCCCAAUGGGUUGGAGAUAUACGUAACAGACUUAUAACCCCUUAUGUCUAGCUGCCCCCUUCCUGGGAAGGUCUGUGCUCCUCCACCGAGACCUCCAGCUGUCUCAGGUCUCAGCCACGUGGCGAGGCACAACAAGAACAUCCAACACCACAACAGUAAAUACUAAAAAUAUCAACCCGCUCUAAACCCUCCUGCCUCAGGUCUCAGGCCAACCCGUCACUAACAGGAGUUAAACUUUCCCUGCGGGCCGGGUAUUCCAGUGCUCCUUCUGCAGAAUGCCUCACACCUUCCUCUGAAGCAGCUGGUGCUGGGCACUGUCCGAGGCAGUUCACUGGGCUCGGUGAACCUAUGGUGGCCUGAAAACUACAGGCAAAAGAACUGAGUAAUUCUAAUGGGUGCCCACCGGGGUUUGGCAUUGCUUGGGGGUUGUGCCCAUUCUAGGGGGCACAGACACCCAGGUCAGGUGCCUCUCUUCCCUGAGUCUGUAUGCAGGGUCCAGUGAAGCUGGGCACAGAAACCUAGGGAAGGGAAGGGGCAGCUGAGUUAAUAAAGAGGAAUCUCCCGUA